CCGCCAACUUAGCGCCUUCCCACCGCCUCUCGGCUUUGCCCUUGGGCUGCGUGGCCCCGCCCCGUUGCGUAACCUGGCAUCACUGGUCACGUGGUGCUCGGCAGAGCCGAGAGGGAUCAGCGGUGACCAUCACUCCCGCCCGCACGGUCUGCGCACGGAUGACUUCCGCUGAGUGAAGCGCACUGAGGCGCGAUGGCGAGGUCUUAAGGAAAGGCACUGAGAGGCCCGGACACCAUCCCUAGUUGCCCUCGGCCUCCUGGCCCGGGCGCUAGUUUCCGCGCCGUUGCUAGGCAGCCGCGUCUGGGGCGGGAGCCGGGGCGGGCUAACGCGGAAGGGUCCGGUGCCAGGGAAGGCGCUGUGACUGCGGAGGGUCAGGGUUCAGGGCAGAGGGCCAUGGAGCAGUACUGCAUCUUGGGGCGCAUAGGGGAGGGUGCGCACGGCAUCGUCUUCAAAGCCAAGCACGUGGAGACUGGAGAGAUCGUUGCCCUCAAGAAGGUGGCCCUGCGGCGACUGGAGGAUGGCAUCCCCAACCAGGUCUUGCGGGAGAUCAAGGCCCUGCAGGAGAUCGAAGACAGUCAGUAUGUUGUGCAGCUGAAGGCCGUGUUCCCACAUGGCGCGGGCUUCGUGCUGGCCUUCGAGUUCAUGCUGUCCGAUCUGGCUGAGGUGGUGCGCCACACCCAGAGGCCACUGGCCCAGGCGCAGGUCAAGAGCUACUUACAGAUGCUGCUCAAGGGCGUCGCCUUCUGCCAUGCCAACAACAUUGUGCAUCGGGACCUGAAGCCAGCCAACCUGCUUAUCAGUGCCUCAGGCCAGCUCAAGAUAGCGGACUUUGGCCUGGCCCGGGUCUUUUCCCCAGACAGCAACCGCCUCUACACGCACCAGGUGGCUACCAGGUGGUACCGAGCUCCCGAGCUCCUGUAUGGUGCCCGCCAGUACGAUCAGGGUGUCGAUCUCUGGGCCGUGGGCUGCAUCCUGGGGGAGCUGUUGAACGGGUCCCCCCUUUUCCCAGGAGAGAAUGACAUCGAACAGCUUUGCUGUGUGCUUCGAAUCUUGGGCACCCCCAGUCCUCAAGUCUGGCCGGAGAUCACUGAGCUGCCCGACUACAACAAGAUCUCCUUCAAGGAGCAGGCGCCUGUGCCCCUGGAGGAGGUGCUGCCCGACGCCUCUCCUCAGGCCUUGGACCUGCUAGGGCGGUUCCUCCUCUACCCACCACAACAGCGCAUCUCUGCCUCCCAGGUCUGGAAUGAGGCUUCAAGGACCAAGGAACUGUGGAGGCAGCUGUGUCUGAGACGCUGGUCCUCCUGUAAAGCCUCCCAGAUGACCCUGGGCACACAGACAUGGAAACAGUACUAUCUCCGCCGAUCUGAGCUCGAGUUCCGAAUGGCAUCUGGGCGGCCAGGGGACUUUACCUGCAGAGCCCUUGCUGGGCACAAAGGAGAGAUAGAUAAUCUGGCCUACGUCUCAACCAACGAGUACCGGUUUGAUGGUCGGGAGAAGUCCGUGGUGUGCACCAUCUCCUCAGAUGGCACCGUGCGUGCCUGGGAUCUGCAUGAGGGCGUGGAGCUGUGGUCGAGCCCUGUACAGUCUACUCCUCUGGUGCAUCUGGUGACCUACCCUCGGCUGCAGCUGGUUGUCACUGUGGAUGAGACGGGGCUGAUCAAAGCAUGGGAAGCAGAGAAUGGGUGUGAGCAAGCCGCCUUCUUGCUGCCCAUGUAUUCAUCUACAUUGGAGGCCUGUGACAUUCCAGAGGGCCCCCUCUUGCUGGCCACCUGUGCUGAAGGGGCAGUCUACACACUCACGGUGCCCUGGCUGCAGCUGCUGUCCAGAGUCAGCGUGUUUCCCAGCAACCCCACCAGUCUCCUCUGCUCACCUGACCGGCAGUGGGUGUUCGUGUCAACCCCGAACUCAGACUUGAGCCCGGAGGUGUUCUACAUUCAGUCCUUGCUGUGCCAGUCGGAAGAAGAGACUCCUACCUCCGCCUCUCUCCCCAUCUGGCUGACGUCCAGAGCCUGCUGGGCCCCCGACGAGGCAGCCAGGCUGAUGGUGAUGCACAGAAAUGACAACGGCAUGCAGUUGGUCAUCACCACCUAUGAGCUAGGGACCAAGAAGUCCAGGGAUAGAGCGGACAUUCUCGCACAACAGAUUGCGAGCUUCCUGCUGCCAGACACCAUGAUGCCUCCUCACCUCAUGAAGAGCCACGGCUCCCAGGUGAUCCUGCUGGUGUCCGGCUCGGAGCUGGUGCUCUUCACCAUUCACGGCCUGCAGCUGGUGGCCUUUCAGGACCACCAGAGGCCCAUCACGUCCAUGUGGGUGGACCAGACUCGAGUCAUCACCUCUUCUUUCGACCUCUCCCUGCGAGUCUACAUGUGGAACAAGGAAAAUAAAUUUCCCGUCCUCAAGAGCUGCUAUCAUUUGCUGGGUGGGUCUCACAGAUGCGCCAGUGGAUUUACUCAUGUGGAGAGUGACGGUAUGACCAUUGUAGGCGUGGAAACCAGAAACAUCGGAACUAGUAUUCUGAGGUCAUAUUACUUCCAAGUGCAGUGUGGCUAAGAUGACAGCAUCAGCUGAAGAUUGUCACCACAGUUGGUGAGGUGCUUGUCUACAUACAGAGACUAAAGUAAUUAUUGUAUCAACAUCAGAAAAAGAAGUAAUGAUUUUCAAAUACCUACUGUGGGCCACACAAGUAUGUGAGGUGACUAUUUUUAAAUCCUCACCAGAAGCCAGUGAAGUGUAGAUAUUACUGUCUGUAUUUUUCAAAGAAGUUGAGAUGUAACAGAAGAGUAGCUAACCCACUGUUAGCCCAUUUU